AUGGUGGAAGAAUGCUCCCCAGAAAAGAACUACGAAGCAUUCCUACAAAGACUUACGUCUGCGCAUGAUAAUGACGGGAAACCGGCACCUCGGUACGCCAUAUAUGACGUGGAAUAUGACUUGAACGAAGACGGCAGGAGAGCGACAACUGUUUUUAUUAGCUGGAUGCCAGAUGUGACGCCUACUCGCAUCCGUAUGCUGUACGCUUCUACAAAGGAGCAGCUUCGAAGGGCCCUCGAUGUCAAAGUGUCUAUCCAUGCUGACGACUUACACGAUAUUGAAUGGAAAACUAUAUUGAGAGAGGCGAGUGGUGGACGACUCUAA